GACAUUUAAAGUAUUUUAUCACAAAUUUGCAUAAUAUUCUGAAAUCUUAUUCAAAUUCUCCUAGUCCUCACCCUGUUGUAUGAUUUUAUUAUUUGGACCAAAAUUUUAAGCUGCUAUGCAUGCUUAAUCUCUGUUUUAAAGCAGGGGAUAUAGAAACAUGAUCUUUUUUUUAAAUGAAAUUUCAACACUUGUCCUACUUUUAUCUGAACAAGGUUGAUAUACUUAAGAGCAAGUUCGGAUUCGACGAGGCUUUCAAUUAUAAGGAAGAGCAUGACUUGGAUGCAGCUCUAAAAAGGUGUUUUCCUGAAGGCAUUGACAUUUACUUUGAUAAUGUCGGAGGCAAAAUGCUUGAUGCAGUUCUCCUUAACAUGAGAUUCCACGGUCACAUUGCAGUAGCUGGAAUGAUCUCACAAUACAAUCUUGAUCAAGCUGAAGGCAUAAGAAAUUUAUUAUCUUUGGUAUAUAAGAGGAUUCGUAUAGAAGGAUUUACAGUGUAUGAUUACUACCACCUCUUUCCCAACUUCUUAGACCUUGUGCUGCCUUACAUUAGAGAAGGAAAGAUAGCACAUGUUGAAGACACAGCCGAAGGCCUUGAAAAUGGCCCUUCAGCUCUUGUAGGAAUUUUUAGUGGCCAAAAUGUAGGAAAGCAAGUAGUUGUAGUUGCUCGGGAGUGAUCAUUUUACCUCCUUUAGCAUAUGUAUUUUACACUUUUUUUUUUUCUUUUUUCUGUGUAAUACUUAUACAGCACCAUAUAUAAUGUUUCUCCCCAUUAC